AGCAGUACUGGCCUAUUUGCAUAAACCACGAGAAAGGUUGUUGUGGAUGCAUCCACGUUCACUAGUUUGGUUUGAUAUGGUCGAUGAACUCUACAACGAUGAACUGUGGUACGCAAAUUUUCGCGUGACAAAAAGCACGUUUGAAUUUAUAUUAAACAGGGUUCGUCAAGAAAUAGAUCGUAAAAUUACUCCCAUGCGUACUCCAGUUUCUGCAAAACGACGCCUGGCCAUAACGUUGUAUUAUUUAUCGUGUACAGCAGAGUAUCGAACUGUUGCUAAUCUUUUUGGCGUCUCGCGUUCAUUAGUGUGUCAGUGCAUUAAAGAAGUAAGCUGUGCAAUAAUAAAGCACUUUCCCAAAGCAAUCACUUUUCCUAAGGGAGACGACCUCUUUCAAGUUUUGCAAGGUUACGAAGAGCAGUGGGGUUUUCCUAUGCGUGCUGGUGCAAUAGAUGGCACGCACAUAGCACCAGCUAAUAGCAACAUAGAGUACGUGAAUCGUAGAGGUUUUCACAGUAUCGUGAUGCAAGCGGUCGCUGACUGUAAUUACAUGUUCCUAGAUGUGGUUAUAGGAUGGCCUGGUAGCGUCCAUGAUGCGCGAAUUCUUUCUAACUCUACACUUUUCUCAAAUGGAAAUAAGAAACGUCUUUUCCCUCCCGACGUUGUGAAGGAAAUUAGCGGAGUGGAAAUAGCACCGUUUCUCCUAGGUGACCCAGCUUACCCUCUCUUGUCGUGGUUGAUAAAGGGGUAUCCUAAAAAUGGGGCUACUGAGGAACAGAAGAAGUUUAACUACCAUCUUAGUCGUGCAAGAAUGACCGUGGAAAACACAUUUGGGAGAUGGAAAGGACGCUAUGCAAGAUUUAGUAAAAGGCUAGAUAUGGAAGUAGCUUCUUCAGUCGAUAUUAUUCAUGCAUCAUGCAUUUUACAUAACAUAUGUGAACUUCAGAAGAACGAAUUCAUGCCCGACUGGGAUUCGGUAGAAAUUGUUGAUGAUGCUUUUGUUGUGGUGCCAAUUGAUGAAAUAGAACCAGAAGAUGCUUACGAUAUUCGUGCUGCUUUAUCAAACUAUUUUUCUUAA